AUGGAUGAUUUUGGUCUCCUAAUAAUUAAUAUGAUUAUUAUGAAAGCUAUACCUAAAGAGGAUAGAGAGGUUUGUAUUAAGCCUUCAAUAGUAACAUUCGCACUUGCAGUUUGUAAAGAUAUUGCAGAUAUCUAUAAUGAUUUAAAAAAUAAUGAAAGUUUAAAAGAUUAUAAUGAUACCGUUGAAGAAGAGACUCAAGAACCUUAUUAUGAUCUGAAGAUACUAGUUUAUUUGAUUGAAUAUAAUACAAUAUUAAUGGUAACUGUAUAA